UGCAGCCAGUCCCCCAGAGGCCAUAGGAAUGCAUUAAUUAACUGUUAAUGCAUUCCUAUGGUAAAUGGUGCCUCGCAAGACGAAUUUUUCGUAGGACGAAUUGACCGUCGGAACGAAUUAAAUUCGUCUAGCGAGGUACCACUGUACCUACGGUGGACGAUUGGCAGAUGAAGUUGAUAGAAUUUAUGGAACUGUCCGAGCUGACUGGGAGACUCCGGGACCAGGGGGAAGAAUCGGUGGAAGAAGAUUGGAAUAAAUUUAAAGUUUAUUUAGAAAAGAAUUGUAAGAUUAAUAGUUUUUAUUAAAAGUUUUGGAAGUAUAAAGAGGUUGUGGAAGAGCAUUAGUUGAGUUAUUAUUAUAUAUUAAGAUUUAGUUAGGUGUUGUUAUUGUAUUCAGUUUUAAGAUUUAAUUAGAAUAGAAUUGUAUUUUGAGAUAAUUAUAAGAGAUUAUAAGAUUGAUAAGGUAGAAAGUGAUAUAUAUGUUAAGAUAAUUAUUAAGAAGAUUGCAAUCAAGAUAUGGAAGUACUAAGGACGUAAUAUAAUGAAACAGAGGGGAGGAAGUCGACAAAGUUAGAAUUUUUCGAUAGAAUAAUGUUUUGAUAUUUUUAUUGUAGUGUUUUGUAUUUGUUUUUAUGUUUUUGUGUAUUUCUUCUGUGUGUUUUUGUGUUGUAUGUUCUAUUUUGUAAAAUCAAUAAAUAUAUAUAUUUUUUAAAGGGGGGGAGCAGUUUUUUCCUAUCACAAAGCCUAUGAAUGAAAAUGUUACAAUAUGAAUACCACAACUUACUAGGUGUGUGUGUGUUUGUGUGUAAUCAAAAGCAUGGGAAGCAAUCCAGAAGCAUUCGCUGCUACUUGAGAAAACAUUCACCAAAUGCACCAAAGACCUGGGGACAUUUUAAAAAAAGAAAAAAAUCACGUGGUCACUGAGUUUCUGAGUCAUUUCCAGGAAGGGUGACGCCCAGUGACUAAAAACUGAGAAAGUGAAACUUAACUUAGUUCUUUGGGGGGAGGGAGCCAUGGCUGCUGCAGGGGGUCACAUGCAGUGUCUCCGUGAUGAAGCCACUUGCUCCAUCUGCCUGGAUUACUUCAAGGAUCCAGUGACCAUCCCAGAGUGUGGCCACAACUUCUGCCGAUCCUGCCUGAUCGAGUGCUGGGGGGAAUCGGAGGCAGAGGCUUCCUGCCCUCAGUGCAGAGAAAGAGUCCAGAGAAGAGGUCUCAUCCCCAACCGGCAACUGGCAAACUUCGUAGAAAUAGCCCAGAAUCUCAGCCUUCAAGAGGAAGGAGGAAAAGGGAGAGUCUGCAAGGAGCACCAGGAGCCCCUGAAGCUCUUCUGCAAAGUCCACGAAGCCCCCAUCUGCCUGGUGUGUGACAGAUCAAAGGAACAUGAAAAUCACAAGGUGAUUCCUCUGGAGGAGGCUUUGGAGGAAUACAAGAGAGAGAUCUGUCACCACCUGGAGAUCCUGAGGAAAGAGAGAGAGGAAAUUCUGGCCUAUCAAGCAAACCUGGACAAGGAAAGCAAAGACCUCCUUAAAUUAACAGAAAAGGAGAGGCUGAAGACUGUGGAGAAGUUCAAAGAACUGCGCCAGUUCCUGGAAGAACAAGAAAAAUGUCUGCUGAAUCACGUGGAAGAGGUGGAGAAGGAGAUUGCAGGGAGAAGGGAUGAGCAGCUGGCCAAACUCUCCAGGAAUCUCUCCUCUCUUGAGAGGAUUAUCCAGGAGAUGGAGGAAAAGGGUCAGCAGCCAGCAAGUGAACUCCUGCAGGAUGUGAGAAGAACCUUUCAGAGGUAUGAGAAAAGAGAGAGUCCAGAGAAGCAACUGCCUUUCUCUUCAGAGCUGAAGAACAGGAUCUUGGAAUCCUGUGAUCUAAAUCACCUUGUGGAGGAUACAAUGAAACAAUGGAAAGAUGCUCUGUUAUACAGGAAAUCGAUUCAGAAAGAUGUUCAGUCAUUCAGAAAUCUUCAGAGAGCAAAUGUUACUCUGGAUCCAGACACAGCCCAUCCCUGGCUCAUCCUGUCCGAGGAUCGGAAAAGUGUGAGAUAUAGAGACGAAAAGCAAGACCUGCCCAACAAUCCUGAGAGAUUCAGCAACUGGCCUUGUGUGUUGGGACGUGAGGGAUUCACAGCAGGGAGACAUUUCUGGGAAGUCAAUGUGGAAAGUGGGGAAUGGUGGGAAGUGGGGGUCGCCAGGAAGUCUGUGGAGAGAAAGGGCAUCAUCUGCAUAUGCCCUGAGGAGGGGUUCUGGGCUGUGUGGAAGAGGGGAGAUGAGUUCAGGGUCCGCACCUCCCCUGAUUUCUCUCUUCUGUCCCUGAAGCCCAGGAGGAUCCGGGUGACUCUGGACUAUGAAGGGGGACGUGUGUCUUUUUCUGACGCAGACUCAGGAGCCGAACUCUACACGUUCUCAGGAGCCUCGUUCUCUGGAGAGACCCUCCUCCCUUUCUUUUGUCUGUGGGGAAAUAAAACUCCCCUCAGUAUCUUCAUUUCCGGGAAAGGAAACUCCCAGUGGCUGAAAACUGGGAAGGCAGAACUUAACUCGGCUGUUUGGGGUGAGGAAGUCAUGGCUGCUUCUGGGGGUUACAUCCAGUGUCUCCGUGAUGAAGCCACUUGCUCCAUUUGCCAGGAUUACUUCAAGGAUCCAAUGAUCAGCCCGGAGUGUGGGCACAACUUCUGCCGAUCCUGCCUGAUCGAGUGCUCAGGAGAAUCGGAGGCAGAGGCUUCCUGCCCUCACUGCAGAAAAACAGUUCAGAGAAGGAGCCUCAUCCCCAGCGGGAAAUUGGCAAAGUUCGUGGAAAUAGCCAAGAAUCUCAGUGUUCAAGAAGGGAAAGAAGAAGAAAGAAAAGGAGGAGUCUGCGAGGAGCACCAGGAGCCGCUGAAGCUCUUCUGCAAAGUCCACGAAGACCCCAUCUGUGAGGAGUGUAAGAAAUCAAAGGAACAUGAAAAUCACAAGGUGAUUCCUCUAGAGGAAGCUUCUGAGGAGUACAAGGGAGAGAUCUGUCGCCGCCUGGAGAUUCUGAGGAAAGAGAGAGAGGAAAUUCUGGCCUAUCAAGAAGUCCUGGACAAGGAAAGCAAAGAGCUCCUUAAAUUAACAGAAAUGGAGAGGUUGAAGACUGUGGAGAAGUUCAGACAACUGCGCCAGUUCCUGGAAGAACAAGAAAAAUGUCUGCUGAAUCAUGUGGAAGAGGUGGAGAAGGUGAUUGUAGGGAGAAGGGAUGCGCAGCUGGCCAGACUCUCCAGGAAACUCUCUAGCCUUGAGAGCAUCAUCCAGGAGAUGGAGGAAAAGGGUCAGCAGCCAGCGAGUGAACUCCUGCAGAUUGGACAAAUAAAAGCUGUGAGAAACCCAAACUGGCUGAUUCAGCCAUCCCUACCCAGAACCUUGGCAUCCCUACCCAGAACCUUGGCAUGUGCCAGGCAGACUGACAUCCAAGGGCCAGGCUUUUCCUCCAUUCUGAGGGGGUCUUCGGGGGUCUUCGGAGUGUGGCCUGUGGUGUGCAGUGAAUUCCCUUCUCUUUUUCCCUCUAGGAUCAUUGAACCAGGGUGUUACAGGUAUGAGAAAAGAGAGAGUCCAGAGAAGCCACUGCCUUUCCCUUCAGAACUGAGGAAUGAGGUCUUGGAAUCCUGUGAUCUAAAUCACCUUGUGGAGGAUGCAAUGAAACAAUUGAAAGAUGCUCUGUUAGACAGAAAAUCGAUUCAGAAAGCAAAUGUGACUCUGGAUCCAGACACAGCCCAUCCCAGGCUCAUCCUGUCCAAGGAUCGGAAAAGUGUCAGAUUGCGAGACAAAGAACAAAACCUGCCCCAAAAUCCUGAGAGAUUCAGCAUCAUGCCUUGUGUGUUGGGACAUGAGGAAUUCUCAGCAGGCAGACAUUUCUGGGAAAUCAAUGUGGAAAGGGGGGACGUAUGGGCUGUGGGGGUUGCCAGGAAGUCUGUGGGGAGAAAGGGCAGCUUCUUCUUAAACCCUCAGGGGGGGGUGUGGGCUGUGAGAAAGUUGGGAGAUGAGUACUUUGCCUGCACCUCCCCUGAUUUCUCUCUUCUGUCCCUGAAGCCCAGGAGGAUCCGGGUGACUCUGGACUAUGAAGGGAGACGUGUGUCUUUUUCUGAUGCCGACUCAGAAGCUGAACUCUACACGUUCUCAGGAGCCUCAUUCUCUGGAGAGACCCUCUUCCCUUUCUUUUAUCUGCCGGGAAAUAAAACCCACCUCAAGAUCUCCUGAGGAGACUAAAUCUGCCUCUCAGGCCCAGCAGGAGUUUCUCUCCAGAUCAGAGUGACCGAUAUAACAAACAUUUACCCGCCAAGAGCACGUUUUUUCAAGGGGACCUUUGAGAGGAUGAAUUCCAGUCAAAAUCAGCAGAAAUAACAAAACAAAAAUGGGUUUGCUUUUGAUUUGCAUUUUCCUUCCUUUUCCCAUAAUUCCCUCUGCCGCUUACUUCUUAAAGAGACUGUCACACUUUUAGGAGUCCUAAUAAAUUUCCUCACCUUCAAUCUUGUUUUCCUUUUGAGAUGUCUGAUUUGGCAGAGGAUGAGACUCUUAAUCCCAGGGCUGUGGGUUUGAGCCCCACGUUCGGCAAAUGUUUCCUGCACUGCGGGGGGUGGGGGGUGGGACUAGAUGACCCUCAGGGUCCCUCGCAACUCUGCAAUUCUAGGAAACCUUCCUCUCCCCACAAGACCUUAUGCAGCUGUGAAAAUUCAUGCAUCAUUGGAUUAAUAGAGGACUAAAAAAAUGAAGCCCUUCACCCAUGUCAAGCAGGAUAGCUCCUUGCUCUGGAGACCUUAGAUGUAAAAGACAUUGAACAGGGCGUCACCUUCAAAUGCCCUCUGCAAAUACAGCCUCGCCAUCUCCACACAUUGUCAGAAAUAAACCUCAUUGCAUUGAGUGGGGCUUCUGCCCAGUUAUAUGUGUUUCAAGUGGAUGCAUUAAUGUUCCUUAUUUACAGGCUGCAUUCUGUCUAUCGGGGGCAUCAAAUGGGGUCUCCUCUGGAUAAUGCUGGACUCCAACUCCCCUCCAACCCAUCCAGCAUGGCCAUGGGUCAGAGAGGAUGGGAGCUGCAGUCCAGCAGCUUCCGGAAGAGGCCCCAUGGGCUUUGCUGCCCUAUACAUUUCACAGGGCACCUUCCCUGUGUUCCUCAGUCCCACCCCAAAUACACUAUGCUCCCCCAAGGAGUGUCUUUUUGGCAGCAGGUGCAUCUGAUUUCUCUCCUGGGAUACUAACAGCUGGAACAACAAAUGCCUAUGGAAUUGACCGCUCUCAAAGAUCAGGCAGGACUCACUCUGGCUCCACUAUCAGGGCCUCUGACUACUGACCGGUGCAGCCUGCUCUCCUUCCCCUGCAUUUCCCACAGGGUGGUGGCACAUCUCAGAAUAAAGACACCUUCUCCCCCCACCUGCCUGAGGGCCUCCUCCCCUUGCUCCAUCCCCUAUAUGUUGGUUUGUGUGUCAUCCUAUGUUUCACUGUGAGCCUCCUCUCACCCCGUGGAAGGACACUAUUGUGGCCCAUUUGGUCCAGUGCCCAAGAGGGGCCACCCAGACCCCUCUUGUGGAAAACCUGCAAGGAGGACCAGAGAGCAAAACCAGCCUCUCCCCCUCCCUGCCCUGCAGCCUCCAGCAACCAAUUUUACAAGCAUGGGCGCCAACUUGAAUAAACCUUUUUUUCUUUGGGGGGGGAGGGCAGAUAAACCAUGUUCCCCUCCACCUUCGGCUUGGUUUUAUCUCUUGCCCUCGGUCACCUCCAGCACCUUCCCCUGCUCCUUGGCGGUGGCACUCACCCCUUGUCCCGGGCACCCUGAGCUGGGGGUCUUGCCCACUGCCCACCCCCAGUGCUGGCAGGCAACAUCACACUGAGAGCAGCAGGAAAGAUGUGCAACACAAGGCGAGCAAAGGGUUGUGGCUGCUGCCAGCACACAAGAAAUGCAAACAUGAGACUCUGCCCUCGCCUACGAAGAUCCGGCCGUCAUCAGUUCUCGGAGGGACCCCCCUGCAGCACAGGGAGGAGCAUGAAAAUAAGCUGCUUUCCUCGUUUUCUCAGCUAUAUCAGUAGCCGUUACAGGAGCCUCCGGAAGUGUUUCCAGCAUCAUAAUGCGCUCCGCCGGAGCAGGAUCCUCAUUGCUCCCGCCAGGAAGGGGCAAUCGACUCAGCGCAUCAGUGUGGCACAACCGUUUCCCCGGCACAUGGGUCAAGGUGUAUUGGAACCCGUUCAGGAAUAUAGACCAACGCAACAUUCUGGGGGAGAGAAUUUGCAGCGUUUGUUUGUUCGGGUUGAACAACCCUAACAGUGGUUUGUGGUCCGUUUCAAUGUAGAAAUAGCGACCGUACACAUAGCGACCGUACACAUAAUCAUGGAACUUUUUGAUUCCUGCCACAAUUGCAAGCGCCUCCUUGUCAAUUUGAGCAUAGUUGCGCUCCGUGGGCGACAACAUAUGGGAAUAGAAAGAGAUGGGCUUUUCCGACCCAUCUGGUUCCCUAUGACUCAGCACAGCCCCCAGGCCGUAUUGAGAGGCAUCACAUGCCAGGACCAGCGGCUUUGACUCAUCAUAAUGAGCAAGGAUGCUCCUGCUACUCAGCAUUCUUCGCAACGAGUCAAAAGCCUUCUGCUGCUCCCGGCCCCAUCGCCACACAUUCUUUUUCUGCAAUAGUCUAUGUUAUGGUUCAGCCACCAAAGCUUUCUGGGGUAAGAACGAAUGAUAAAAGUUAAUAAGUCCCAGGAAUGACUGCAACUCUGUCUUGUUCUGUGGUCGUGGUGCCUCGAUGAUAUCCUUAAUCUUAGCAUCUGUGGGGUGGAUGCCUGAUGCAUCAAAUUUAAACCCCAAGAAAUCCACAGUUGGCACCCCAAAACUGCAUUUUUCCUUUUUCAGUUGCAACCCCACCUCCUUGAACUUGAGCAACACUGCACGGACACGCGCAACCAGUUCCUGUGGGUCUUUUCCAGCAAUCAAAACGUCAUCAAAAAAUGGCAAGACCCCCGGCAGACCUCUUAACAGAGGUCCAUGAGCCCUUGAAAAAUCCCUGGGGCCACACAAACGCCGAACUGUAAUCUGUUAACUCUGAACGCCCCUUUAUGUGUGAGGUGUGCUUCCGCUGAUUGUGGGGUUACUGGCAGCUGUUGGUAAGCUUGUGCCAGGUCAAUUUGGGCGAACACCUUGCCCCCAGCCAGUUUAGCCAACAGAUGUGAUACGACUGGAAUGGGGUAUGAGUUUCCCCUGAGUGCCUUAUUGAUAGUACAUUUGUAAUCUGCACAGAUCCUGACUUCCCCAUUUGCUUUAAGAGGUGUGACGAGGCAGAGUCCACGGGUGAGAGAACUCCCUGCUUGACCAAUUUAUCCAGCUCUGCCUCGAUCUUGGGUUGCAGUGCAAAUGGCACUCGCCUUGGUUUGAGUCGGAUUGGGGCCACCCUGGGGUCCAACUCGAAAUCAACUGGGGGUCCUUUAUAACAACCCAGUUUUCCAUUAAAGAGACCAGCAAAUUCCUUGCAUAAUACCUCGCUCAUCUCAGGGCAGGUUUGGAUUGAAUUAAGCCCUGAUAUACUCAGUACCAGGGCAGGGAACCAGUCAGUGCCCAGGAGACUGGGGCGACUGCCCUUCGCAAUCACCAGUUUGAGUACAGCCUGUUUGACCCGGAACUGUACUCUCACGGCACACAUUCCCAUAACAUGGAUGCGGCCCGCUGAGUAUGACUUCAAGGUUGCCGGGAAGGGCUCCAGAGGGGGCAACUUACCCCUGGGGGAGAAUGUCCGCGCGGUCUGGUCCGACACGAUGGUGAAUGCAGACCCGGAGUCCACCUCCAAUCUUCACCUUGACGUGUGCCUUGCCUUGCACUGGGAACUGCACGACCCUCCCGUUGAUCUCCGUUACGUAGUGGGGGAGAAUGUCCGCGCGGUCUGGUCCGACACGAUGGUGAAUGCAGACCCGGAGUCCACCUCCAAUCUUCACCUUGACGUGUGCCUUGCCUUGCACUGGGAACUGCACGACCCUCCCGUUGAUCUCCGUUACGUAGUGGCAGUCCUUUAGAAAACGAGUUGCUGUGGGCGGUCUGCGAUGCUCCAGUCUAGGUGCUCCUGUCGCUCCCGACGCCGCCGAUCUACAGACCCUGGCGAUGUGACCCGUCUUCCCGCACAUCCGGCACAUAGCAUCCCAGAAACGACAACUCUUCUGCUCAUGGUUUCCGCCACAACCUGGGCAACUGCCUCAGCGAUCUUUGUGCACUGUGCAGGCCUGACGCACCAACUCGACCCCACGGACUGGGCUCUGGCUCGGAGUAGCCUCUAGCUCGUCCAUGGCAUGCACAACAUCUAUCUGUGGCUUAGUGGCCUUGCGACUGGCAUCAAGCUCCUCUCUUUCAUAAUUCUCCGUGGCGGUGGCCUCCUUCAAGGCUGAAGCAAGGGUAACCUCUUCUUUAGCCACGAUGCGUCUUCUGGCUUUCUUGCUGCUCAGACCACCAAUAAACCGAUCCAGGAGAGUCUCUUCCAAAUUUUGGAAGCCGCAGUGCUGAGCGAGCUUCCA